GCCUUGUAGCCAUUUUAGGAGGAAUCGCUGGUCGCCAGCGAGGGGUGCGGCUUCAAUUUCAAUAACUUUAUUGGUGGCCUGAUCUGCAGAACAGCCAUCACAUCAGUGGCCCUUGGAGGAGGGAGCGCAUCGCCCGAGGUGGUCCCCGACGAGCUGCAGCCAUGGGAAACACCACCAGCGACCGGGUGUCCGGGGAGCGCCACGGCGCCAAGGCUGCACGCUCCGAGGGCGCAGGCGGCCAUGCCCCGGGGAAGGAGCACAAGAUCAUGGUGGGGAGUACGGACGACCCCAACGUGUUCAGCCUCCCUGACUCCAAGCUCCCUGGGGACAAAGAGUUUGUAUCAUGGCAGCAGGAUUUGGAGGACUCCGUAAAGCCCACACAGCAGGCCCGGCCCACUGUUAUCCGCUGGUCUGAAGGAGGCAAGGAGGUCUUCAUCUCUGGGUCCUUCAACAAUUGGAGCACCAAGAUUCCACUGAUUAAGAGCCAUAAUGACUUUGUUGCCAUCCUGGACCUCCCUGAGGGAGAGCACCAAUACAAGUUCUUUGUGGAUGGACAGUGGGUUCAUGAUCCAUCAGAGCCUGUGGUUACCAGUCAGCUUGGCACAAUUAACAAUUUGAUCCAUGUCAAGAAAUCUGAUUUUGAGGUGUUCGAUGCUUUAAAGUUAGAUUCUAUGGAAAGUUCUGAGACAUCUUGUAGAGACCUUUCCAGCUCACCCCCAGGGCCUUAUGGUCAAGAAAUGUAUACGUUUCGAUCUGAGGAAAGAUUCAAAUCCCCACCCAUCCUUCCUCCUCAUCUGCUUCAAGUUAUUCUUAACAAAGACACUAAUAUUUCUUGUGACCCAGCCUUACUCCCUGAGCCCAACCAUGUUAUGCUGAACCAUCUCUAUGCAUUGUCCAUUAAGGACAGUGUGAUGGUCCUUAGCGCAACCCAUCGCUACAAGAAGAAGUAUGUUACUACUCUGCUAUACAAGCCCAUUUGAAGGGAUCCCUUCUUGCCUCUAAGGAUUCAGGAGAAGCAUCUCCCUUGCAUUUCUGGACUGAACCAGUCUUACCUGAGACUGGAAGGCUGAUUUGCUUUGAGGCUGAUAUGUGUGUUUCAGAGCCUCUGAGUAGGAUGCUCUGCUUUUGCAUUUGAUUGCAGAUGAGAGCUUUAUGAGUUCACGGAAUUUAUUUUAAGAAAAAAAAAUAUACUUAUGAGAAGAAGGUAAAUGGAAGCCUCCUAGCCCCAGCUAGAAGUAUUGUUUCUGCCUGUGGGUUUUCACCAAGACCUGUUUGGGGGCGCUGCAGGAAUAACUAUAUAGGAAGAUUUUUCCUAAAAUGAAAGAACAGCAAACUCUUAGGAUCCUUGUUGGGUGGAGAUUCUAUCACUGCUACCUUGGCUCUCCAAGAAAUGGGCUUGUGCUAGGCCGCUGCCCUACUUAAGAACUGCCUCAUUGCAAGGGCAGUUUUUCUUGCAUGGGUUCUCUAUAUUCCCAGAGUAUGUGGCACAAUCUGUGUUGUUUAUAUGAUACCAGAUGCCCCACAAGAACCCUUAUUCCUCUCAUUUCACAUUCUUCCUUUAAUAGCCUCCUUCAGAUCCCAUACCUGACCCCUCUCUAACACAAAACUUAUUGGGUAAGUGACUUUGAAAAGUUUUGUGGCACCUGACCCACCCCAGACACUAGGGCUAUCAGAAGGUCUCCUUUUUAGCCCAGCACAGGCCCAGGCCACUUUGUCGUGUUUGUUUUAACUUCUAAAGAAAAUAUGUUUCAGCAUUAUAAGAAAGGCAGAAUGCAGAACACCUACAUUUUUGUUUUAGUUUGGUGCCAAGGCUCAGGCUGUAUUGGCAAAUUCCCGAAAGUUUUCCCACUUUGCCUGGCCCUGCUUCUGUCUUUUCUUUCUCAGCAAACAGUUCUGAAGGCAGGAGUGGAACCCGGGAGUAUUUUCAUGUGCCUGCAUUUUUUUUUUAAUUAAAAAAUGCCUUUUCAUUGGUCUUAAGAGACCGCACUGGAGAAUUUCAGGCUUUUGAUAAAUGCUUCUUCAAAGAGAUUUUCUUCUCUAGUCUAGCCUUCCACAUUCUUAGAUUAAUAUGGCCAACCCUGUACACAUCACUACACUAAACACUGCUCUAGAUAAACUGCUCAAGUUCAUUUAACUCAUUUGAUGCACCUAAAGGGGUUCCUCAUUUUAAAGAUUUGUUAGGCCAAGAAGCAAGAAAGUAUUCCUAGUAUUCCCAACCAUGAAAAGUAUCAUUCUUUGCACCAAAUGUUAACAAAAUCAUUUUGUUCUCCUGCCUCUUCUUUUUAAAGGUGUUUGAUGAUUAAGUGGGGUCACUGAAUUCCAUUUGUGGACUGAAAAGUAUUCAAUCCACUUUUGGGGUUCAGAGAUAAAACAUUUUUUCCCAAGUAGCUGGGGCUCUUCCAUUUUACAGAUAAGUCAAAUAAUCAACACUAAAGGAGGCUAAACUGUUGAUGAAUGAGAGACUCCCUGACUGCUCAGAUGAGCCUAGCCACACUGAAAGGGCACCUACAGGUCAGUUUAGCUACCUCCUGUCUUUCCCAUGCAAAGCUGAUAACACAGUUGUCUUUGGACUUGUAGACCUCUUGGAUUCCAGGUGUGAUGGAGUAAAGUGUGGGAUUGUUGUUUUGCUGGGAUGCAAAUAACUAAAUGCUUUGGUGGUUAAUUGCUAAGAGUAAAUACUACUUUAGCCAUCCAAGGCCACCUUCUGCAGCAAAAGGCUUUUGUGGAGAACCUUUUAUGUUCCCAACCACUUUUUGAAUGGUGUGCCAUUUAAAAAUCCAGGCCAGAUCCUAUUAUAACCAACUCUCAGGAUUUACAGCCUUCAGUUGUACUAGAAUUUUGUUUUUAUCCAAUACUCAUUAAAUAAGUGGGCCACUUAGGAAGAUUCAAAAUCUUGGUUAUUACAUGAAGUUUGUUAUAUUCAUAUUUCUUGUCAACAGUAUUGAAAUGUAAUAUGUAUGUGUUCAUGUAUGAAAAUUUUUACUCCACACAGGUGUUUCAGUAGAGUGGGGCAGGAAAAGAGAUCUCUUCGAUUUCUGUCAGGCCUGAGGCUUUUGUGAAAUGCGUCAGCCCCCUGUGACAGUAGGUUUUGAUGCUAGUGAUCUUCAGAUCUUUCUCUCUGGAAAUGUGCAGAGAGUGUCAGUUUCCCAAGUUCUGAGGUAACUCUCAGCCCAGAUGUGAAAUGGGAGCCUACCAGCUGGUAUAGAAGGGAAUGGGUAGGAGGCACUGGGUGCUGACUCAUUCAGCACUGUCCCUUUUCUAUACUGCUGAUACAUCCCAUGGUUCUGAGAAGCCUUAUCUCAGUCUAUUUGGAAGAGAGGGAGGAAGAGAAGGAAGUAACCCAAAGUACUACUCAUUUAUCCUUGUAUAUUGAUUAGUUAAAGGGAUAAUUAAUUUAAUGCUGAGGAGAGUUUGACAGAUUUUGAAAAUGAGUAAUGGCAAAAAAAAUUUUUUUAGCCUUUAUUUUGCCUUUGGGAAUUUUACAGAGUCAAAGUAGGCAGAAUAAGAAAAUAGUUCUUCAGGAGGGCCGACCUUUAAAGAACUUCAACAUAGUUUUGGAAUUGUGGGGAAGAGAAGAGUGACUGAGCUGAGAAGUAAUAAUAGAAUAAAGGGUUGAGUAACUUAGAACUGAAAAUGAUCUCUUUUAAAAAGAAAUUAGAUCAGACACCACAUGGUGGUGUCCUUGGAUCUCACUGUGCAGAAUUAGCAGUGUAUAACCAUCUUCUCUUUGCAUCUUGUUCCAAUUCUCUCCUCUUUCCUUUCCAUUCUGCUUUAAGCUCAUGUGUCAGGCAGACUUUACCAGAGUGUCAGACAUUACCUAAAACACAUACGUUAGCCAUGCUGCUGGUAUGGAGAAAUUCCACACCAUGAUUAUUAGCCUCCUUUAAGCUGAAUGGGAUUUAACCAUUCUAGGCAACACCCCUGAAGGGCAUACCUAACCUCAAUAGUGUUGGCUUUUAAAAUGUAUGUUUAUAUGGUAGAGAAACUUUGUAAAAGAAGAAUCCAAGAGAAGUUUGUGAGGAUCCUACAAACCCAGGCCCACUCACUUUGCUCCAAUUCUUUCUAGUAUCUUGUAGAUCUAAUGGGUCUGGGAUAAAAACUUUGAAAAGUGUCAAUAUUCCAUGUAUGCUGCUGAAAUGAAGUUAAGUUUGGAAAGAAGUGAUACCUCUAGACUGGGUUUAUAUUAAUCUGGGAUAUAAAUGAAGAAGACAUACUAAUAGAACUCCUUGCUUUUAAUUGGGGAAAUAGGGCUUUAAUAAUUUUGACCUCAACUAAAAAUGAUAUGCAAUAGUCUAUGUUUGUGUGUGUUUGAAAUACAUUGUGUUCUCAGAGAUUUCUACAUUCUCACGUUCUAGUGAUUUGGGGCAUGGGCUUAAUAGCAGAUGUACAGUGUAUUCCUGCAUUAUUGUGAUUCACCCUUAAAGCCCAGUUCUUGCUGUCUUCUACCAGGGGCUGCUGACUCCAGUUACCCAUGGAAUGCAGGACCUGGGAGGGGUAGCCAUUAGGGUCUUUCAAAACUCUUUGGAUCUAAGCAUUUGUCUCUCCUUAAGUGCCAAUCACAAUUGGAUAUGGAAGGACUGUGAUUUCUGCAAUGAACCCAAACUUUUAGAGUAAAAAGCCAAAUUUAAAUUAUAAGAAAGAAGGGAAAAAAGAGAAAAACUCAAGUCUAUUACUUGUAGAGUCCAAUUCUUAGCAAUGGAAUCCCUCUAGGAUUCUAGUUUGGGCUUUGUCUGGAUUUGCUUUUCUCAGUUGUGCUUUGAAGUGAAUAAGCUUUGUUACAAAUUAAUUUUUUAUUAGUUCCAAUAUUAGUUGGAGUUAACUUGAAUUGAUUGUAUGUAGCACAGCACUUUUGCAGUAAGAUUGGUGUGAAAUACUAAACACUAUGGAUUUUGUAGGUGUCAGGUUAAAUGGUCAAGGGAUACCUACAUUAAGUCAUAUAUUAGGUAUUGAUGCUUACUUCUUUUCUGUUCCCCUCUACAAAACACUUACCUAACCCAGCUUGUGGUUUUAGGACAGCCAAAGCUCACUGUUGUUGGUUAGUCCUAAUCACUACACGGGUCUCAUAAAUGAGACUUGUUUGAAUUUUGGUACAUUGGAGCAUGUUGGUUGGUAUUACACGGCAGCAUUUCGAAUGAGUGCAGCUCUGUGUCUGUCAGAAAGGAGAGAUAAGACUACUUUGAAGGGAAUUAAAUAUGUGAGUCCUCUUUUUAAUGGUGCUUUUUGUAACCUUUAAUGCUGAGGUACAGAGCUGCUUUUCAAUAUUUCAUAAAGGAGUGGCAGACAAGAGUGGAUUUUAAAGCUGUUCUUCAAACGUAAUUUGUCACUGGACUCUGACACACCUGGAAAUUAUAUGAUAUGAUACAUACAGAAAUGUGGGUUUUUUCCAUAAAACUUUAAUAAAAGUAUUAUACAGCAAUAA